UUUAAAAAUUUUAGAAAUGACUAAAUUCCUACUUUCAAAAUUAAACUGAAUUGAGCGGCAAAUGUGUAUGGCCAGAUACAAAUAUAGUAAAUUUUCAGCCCUACAAACAAGGAUGACCUUAUGCUCCAGCUCCACCCAAACAACCUCAUCAUAUUAACCCAAUGCCUUCCACAUUACAUUAAGUGAUAAAGGAAACAAAAAACAAGUAAUGGCUGAUGAUGAUCCACAGGAUGUAGCCGACCGGGAGCGGCUCUUCAAGCAUUUCGACGCCAACGGCGAUGGCCAGAUCUCGGCCAACGAGCUGGGCGACGCCCUCAAGACGCUCGGCUGUGUCACCCCCGAUGAAGUCCAGAACAUGAUGGUUGAGAUCGACUCCGAUGGCGAUGGCUUCAUAUCCUAUGAAGAGUUCACCACAUUCGCUCGUGCAAACAGGGGACUAGUCAAGGAUGUCGCCAAGAUAUUCUAACCUUUUCAUUUUCCUCUAAAAUA